AUGGGUUCAAAGGAUUUGCAGCCUUUGACAUCCUCAUGGUGGACAAUCUUUUUUAAGUCUCAAUUAUGUUACAAAGCUAAGUUCCCACCGAAAGAAACCGACCUUUCUGGCAAGGUCGCCAUUAUUACGGGAGCAAACCAGGGACUUGGCUUCGAGUCGGCGCGUCAAUUUCUUUCUCUAAAUCUAUCACGCCUUAUUAUCACAGUACGAUCUGAGGAGAAAGGGAAAGCCGCAGCCACGAAGCUUACAAAAGAGUAUCCAAACGCGGCAAUAGACGUGUGGCAGCUAGAUAUGUGCUCAUAUGCUUCGAUUCAAGAAUUUGCCAAUCGUGUGGAGAGUGAACUAUCGCGCCUUGAUAUCGCCAUUCUUAACGCCGGUCGUUCGAGAGCCGAGUUUGAGUUAGUGCCCAACACCGGCCACGAGGAAAGCCUUCAAGUCAAUUACCUUUCAACCGUCCUUCUCGCUACUCUGCUACUCCCUAUUCUGAAAGACAGGUCUCCACCAGGAACACCAGGCAGACUCUCUAUUGUUAGUUCUGGGACUGUUCUCUUCACUAGCUUCUCAAACAGUCAGCAGACACCACUUUUGAAGUCGUUUGAUGAUCCGAAAACUUCUCCUCCUCCAGGCUUGCAUACUUACGGUGCAACCAAAUUGUUGUGUCAUAUGUUUGUCUAUAAGCUUGUGGAUUAUGUUUCGGCGGACGACGUGAUUAUCAAUCUCGUAGAUCCAGGCAUGACCAGGGGAACCGGACUAAACCGCGAUUUACCCAAGGUUGUAGCAGCUAUAGCUAAGCCACUGGUGUUUGGUAUAACUCGCAGCGUACGGGACGGUGCUUCUUCAUAUUUGGAUGCCACGAUGACGAAAGGUGAAGAGUCUCAUGGGUGCUAUAUCAUGGACUGGGAAAUUCGACCGUUCCCUUCCUUGAUGUACACGACAAGCGGGGAAAAUACGAUUGGAGUGUUGUGGCAGGAAACGCUAGAUGAAUUUUCUUUUGCCGAUAUGCGAGGUGUACUGCAGUCUAUGAAGAAAUAG